UAUUAGAAACACCUGUAAACUGUUGGAUGACAGGACGCUCUGAUGACAUACUCUGAAAAAAAAAACAGACUCAACUCUUGCGUCAUAUUUCCGCGCCGUCGGCGUGCAAUGCAGCUGCGGAGGACAUCAAGCAUGGGACACCUUGGACGUCUGUUUCUUCUGCUCGCGCCUCUAACCUGGUGUUAUAUUUUGGGCGCUGCAGGUCACUCUCUGCCCGCCUGCCGCGAGCAGCUGGAGUUCAGGUGCAGCGAUGGCUCAUGCAUCCUCAGGCUGAGUGUGUGUGACGGACACACAGACUGUGAGGACGGAUCAGAUGAACUCCACUGUAGUCACCUGAGGUGUAAGAAAAAUGAAUUUGCCUGCCACAGCAGACGUUGCAUAUCUACACAUUUACGUUGCAAUGGCAUGGAUGACUGUGGCGACGGGAGUGACGAAGCCUCCUGCCAGAACUGCACUGCCGCCGGCUUCUUCUCCUGCGGGCUGUCUGACACCUGCCUGCCCAGAAACAAGCUGUGUGACGGGCGAGCUGACUGCAAAGAUGGACGGGACGAGUCUCAGGAGUUGUGCGGUUUGUCUCAGCCCAGCCUGCAGACUUCUCCCGCGUGUAAGGCGUCUGAGUUUCAUUGUGGAGACGGGCAGUGCAUCCGCCAGACCUGGAGGUGUGACAACUCACGAGACUGCUCUGAUGGCAGAGACGAGGACAACUGUGAUCAGGACGAGUGUAAGGUCAAUAAUGGAGGCUGCUCUCAUCUGUGUCUGGACCAGCCGAUGGGUUUCCACUGCGGCUGCCCCGACAGCAUGAAGCUGGUCGGGGACAGCCAGUGUGAGGAGAUCGACACGUGCCUGGAGAGCGAUGUGUGUGAUCAGCUGUGUGUUCACGUGAACAAUAGCCUCACCUGCGACUGCCACAAAGAUUACCAGAUGAAUCCAACAACCGGAGAGUGCAAGGCCAAAGGGGACGAGGCUCAGCUGGUUUUCACCUCUUCUAAAGGAAUGCAUUGGAUAAGCAUGACUGGCACUAAAUACAAGGAGAUGGUUCCACAUUUACCAGGACCAGGGCCAGUGGCGGCUUUGGCCUUUGACCGAACACUAUACUGGGCCAAACAAGGCUCCAUAUACAGGGUCUCUACGGAUGGAGAGCCACAGAAUUCAUUGGUGCUGAAAGUUCAAGGUUCAUUGUCGGGCCUGGCUGUGGACUGGAUCCACCAGCUCCUCUACUGGACCAGUGAGGAGAGCAGUUCUGUUAAUGUUGGCCUGUUGGACGGUUCGACCUGGCGUCAGCUUAUCACAGGACUGGAAAAACCUUCUGCAGUGGCUGUGGAUCCACUUCAAGGGCUGUUAUUCUGGGCUCAAUGUGGUAAUUCGCCGAAGAUUGAGAGAUCUAGCUUGGUCGGUCGAGACAGGAGGGCUCUGGUCACUUCCUUAAUACGCCACCCUGUUGCUCUCUCUCUGGAUAUGCCUCGUCAGCUGCUGUACUGGGUUGAUCGGGGAAUGAGAAUUAUCUUUAGAGUAAAUCUAGACGGCCAUCACCGUAAAGCAGUUGUAGAGUCCAAUGGUUAUCUGGACCGACCCUUCGGACUCGCUGUGUUUGAGGGUUUUGUGUACUGGAGUGAAGAAGCGACGCGCUCCAUCUGCCGAGCCAGCAAACACAACGGCGGCAACUUCCAAGUACUGCUGUCAAACGUCACCUCCCCAGGUGGUGUGGUUGUCGUUCAGCCUGUUCUCCAACCAAACGGGCCGUCUGUUUGCGGACAUACGGGGGCAGUGUGCCAACACAAGUGCGUCAUCAACUUGCUGUCUUCGAGUCCAGAGUUCAGCUGCACUCCUCCAGAAAAAGGACAAAACAGAUCUCAAGAAAUUCCCUCCAUCUCUCGCACAGUUCCUGUAUCAACUUUAUCUGACCCCACCUUUGCUGGGAUCCUCUCUCUUACCAUGUUUCUUAGUGUGUUACUUGUGGGAAUGGCUCUGUGGUGGUGGAGAGAGGAGUUCAUGACAUCCAGGUCUCUCACUGAACAGAGCUUCUCUCUCAAAGAGUCCCAGGAUCUGCUCAUCAUCCAGGAGCCACACACUCGUCCAAACGCAUGUCUGGUCAAGGAAACUCUGCUUAAGCUGGACUUGGAAGGUGAGUGAAGGAAGGUGCGACACAGAUGGCCACCUGAUGACCUUGCUUCCCCUGGUGCUGUUUCAACCCCCGCAGUGACCUCCGGGCCGACAGGAUGACAAGACAACAAACCCAGCUCAGCACCCUGUUGUGUCCCAACUCACUCUGCAGGCUAAACUCACUCCAAAAAUAAUGCAGUGGUAAAUAUCAGAAUUCAGAUGGGGGAAAGGGUUUCAAAUAGUAACUUCUGUUUUGAAGAAGUUUAAUUUUUAUCCCUCGUUGCUCCAGAAUUUAUCUCUUUUUGUUCAUUUAUGCUCUAUUGAGCAAGUGUAGCUUUGAAUGUCAGCACAGAUUAACUCUCACGUAUGUCGCCUUAUUUUUCAAAUCCGGUUAUCAAGCUUUUUCCCCAGGACAUUACCAGUUAAGUUACAGCUGUUGGUGAGUGGAAAAUAUGAUCUGUUCGUAUGAUCGCUCAGGGAACUGGCGAAAAUGUAAUCUGCGACUAUUUUGAUAGUUCAUUUACAUAGUUUCAGCUUCUGCUUUUCUUUUUUUAAUCUAUGACUGUAAAUGAGACAAAACAAGCACUUAGGAGACAUUUGUCACUACUUUGAGAUUUUACAGACCAAAUGACUAAUCGAUUGAUUGAAAAUAAUUGUUGCAGUCCUACUGUAGUUUUUUAGUUUGUGGUUUAGCUGCACUCUCUCUCUCUCAUUUCAUUUUAGUGCAAUCAAAACUAUACUUUUGCGAUAUUAUAGACUAUAUUUACUUUCCAACAUCAGAUAAUAUGAAUGAGUUGACUAAAAACUGGUGUACCACUGAUUUACACAACUUGCCAAAAAUUUGCAAGGCAGGUGUAGAGCAACCCUAAUCCCCUAACCCUAACCCAAAUAAGAAAAAUAUACUUGGGUUUAAAUAUUAUGAAAGACUUAAAUAUCAACAGGGUUUGGGAUAUGCACAGUUAUUGCAACGCUGAGCUUUUUAAGAAGUUAGUUGAAGGAAUGAAAGUGGGAGGCAGUGUUCGUACAGUCCAAAAAGUCUGCCACUGCUUGGAAACGUAGAAAAACUCCUGGCACAAGCGACAGCUGUUCACUUUUCCAUAUUUUGACAGAAUGAAAGAAAUGUUAUGGCAUCUUCAUCAGAGUAUGUAUGGCUGCAUGUUAGAAUAUUUAUGGAAUUUUCAUUUUCAUUAGCCAUUUAAACAGCUUCAAGGAAUAUUGUCUCUUUAAAAAUAAGGGCAAAACCUGCAAUAUUUUGUUAAUGUAAAUGUAGUCAAUGUCAUCCCAAGAGGGUUGGUACAAUGCCUUUUUUCAGACCAGUUAAGUUUUGAGAGUUUUAAUCCAGUGUGCACACUCUAUUUUUGCUUUAUUUAAUCUGUUAUCCUGUGCCUUACCUACUGUAAUUGUGGGACAGGAUGUGCACAACCACCUGUAACAUAUACUGUACUAACUAGCAAAAGUUAAAAAGCUGACUGCGAUAAUUACUUGCUGCUUAAAUUCAUAGUGUCUCUAUGCCUUCUGAUGCUUCAUUUGAAGUGGCCUUUAAAAGUUGAAUCAAUAGAACAAUGCAGUAAGUUUGAUUCUCAGUGAUGACAUUUGCAAUAAACACAUCUGAUAUUGUGGCACCGUAACAUCUUAAAUCAUCCAUCAAAUAACUGUAAGGUACAGAUGUCCUCAGUGAGACUCUUUUUACUGAAUACCAGACUACUGCUGUUUUUGGCUCUAUCAGCAAAAAAAUACCACAAAAUCUAGAUUGAUCCUCUUUUAUGUCUCUUUAAAUGUCUGAAGAAAUGAUCUGGUGUAAUAGUCACGUGUUGUUUUGUGAGCUGUUUCCUGGAGGUUUGCUGUUGUGCACAAAACCUUGUUAGUGCUGGAGUGAAGAUUUGGUUGAUUGAGCCUGCCUUGUUUGAAUUCAGUCUGCUUGAGUUAUUUUGUUCUUUCAGUCUCAAAGAAACAUUUAGGUCUGUCGGAUCGAUAAAAAUCCAUCAGCAUUCAUUGAGGGACGGGUUCAGUAAGUGGGUGUGCUCAAACUGCUGAGUUUGUGUGGUUGGUAUUUAUUUUUAAGGAUGGGUUGUAUUUAUUUUGGACAGCAUUACAGAAA